AUGUCUUCAGCAGCAGAGGAUGGAGACAGCCCACGGACCAGUAGGCAGAUGGAGCGGCAGGUCCAGUCCAAGCGUAAGAAGGGCGGCCCCAACUACGACCGGCCUCUGACGCAGGAGGAGCUGCUGGAGGAGGCCAAGAUCACGGAGGAGAUCAACCUCCGCUCCCUGGAGAACUACGAGCGCCUGGAAGCCGACAAGAAGAAGCAGGUCCAGAAGAAGCGGAAGUGCGUGGGGCCGGUUAUCCGGUACUGGUCCGUCACCAUGCCCCUUGUCCCGGAGCCGGGCAAGGAGGAGAACGUGGACGUGGAGGGACGCGUGUGUGCCCCAGGCGUGGUGAAGCCCGACACAUACAAGCCGGUGCCGGAUGAGCCCCCGAAUCCCACCAACGUGGAGGAGACACUGCGGCAGAUCCAGGCCAACGACGGGGCUCUGGAGGACGUCAACCUCAACAACAUCAAGGACAUUCCCAUCUCCACGCUGAAGGCCAUCUGCGAGGCCAUGAAAGCCAACACUCACGUCAAGAAGCUCAGCCUGGUGGCCACCCGCAGUAACGACCCCGUGGCCAGCGCCGUGGCCGAGAUGCUGAUGGAGAACAAGACCCUGCAGAGCCUCAACAUCGAAUCCAACUUCAUCACCAGCGCCGGCAUGAUGAGCAUCAUCAAGGCCAUGUACCACAACGCCACCCUGAGCGAGCUCAAGGUGGACAACCAGUGCCAGCGGCUGGGCGACACGGUGGAGAUGGAGAUGGCCACCACCACCGCCACCUACCCCCGCUUCGCUGGCCUUCGGGGGGACAACGUCACGGCCCAGCUCGGCCUCGACUUCCAGCGCAUGCUGCGCCUCAACGGCACCCUCUUCGUCGCCGCCCGGUGA